ACAAUAUUUCGACCUACAGAAGUUGUACAGAUUUUCGAUACGAAAUUACCAUCGAAACCAAAUUCCAGUGUAGUGACUCGAAUGGGAUUUCGUUCUGAUAUGCAAAGUGCAACAGCAUGUCCAUCGAGAACGAAAGAAGAAAGAAAUUCUUUGCAAGUGCAUAUCGCAUGAAAUUGACUGCAGGGUUUUAUGUUUUGUUACUCAGCCUAACGGCAAUAAUUAAUUUUUGCGAAGCGAAACAAGUAGAGACCGGAGGAUUUCAAAGAGGUUGCAAACUUGAAGGUUUACAUCCACUUCUAAUUGUUACCUAUAAAAAUAUUACGAUAUCCGUAGAUAAGAUCACUGUACCACAUGGGGAACGCGUGACGGUAAGAUGCAGAGAACUCGGCAAAUACAAACUCGUUGGUGAUUCUCUUUUACAUUGCCGUAACGCCAGUUGGAAUGGAAAACUACCCUCGUGCACUCCGACGACAGCGAUUUCAAACUACACCGAGGAUGUACCACCGACGAUCGUAUUUGGAUUACCGGCCGGUUCAGCUGCCGUCGAGCCGUCCGGUGCCCUCGCUGUUUUCCCUGGAAGUAUACUUCACCUUGAAUGUCUGUUCGCUAGGAAACUUGGUAAUCCCGAAUGGACUUGGACCUCGACGUUUCGUCAAUACUUAACCGGAUGGGCGAUUGCUUCUCGUGAAAGAGACUGGAAGUAUCGUUUAUCUAUAUAUUAUGCGAAAGCGCAAGAUUCAGGAGUGUACACGUGCUCUACACCUCGCGGAUUAUCCAACUCCAUACAUGUUCACGUUGUAGAUGUCCAGUGUCCUAUUUUGAAUCUACCUGAACCACCGUUAAUUAGUAAAAUCGAAGGGGCACGUAUGGGUCAUAGAGCAGUAUUUGAAUGUCCCGUUGGGUUUAGAUUAGAAGGCGCAGCUGGUAUAACGUGUCAGUAUAACGGUAAAUGGUCUGCGGAUAUGCCGCGAUGUGAAACAAUCGAGUGCCCACCUAUGAACACCCUCGGCGAUUCAUGGUUACAGGUACUGGAAUACAACAAUACCUUCAGCGGUAGAGCAGUAUUUGCUUGCAUGUGGGGACAUAAAUUAUUAGGAUCACAGAGUAUAGAGUGCCAAGGUGAUGGUUCGUGGAGUGGAACUGUGCCUAGUUGCGUAGAAAUUAUCUGUCCAAUCCCAUUGAUACCAAAAAGUGGCCGUAUUAUAGAACAAACAAACCGUCAUAAUUCAGGAAGGAAAUACCAUCAAACGCGUGUGUAUAAAGUUGGUGCACUUGUCAGGUUUGCUUGCUUACCUGGUCAUCAACUAUUAGGUGAAGCAUCUGUAAUAUGUACAGAGAAUGGAACAUGGUCUCAUCCACCACCAGUUUGCAAAGUGAGAUGCCCGUAUCCUGGCGAUCCACCUCAUGGACGAAUAGCACCUCUAAAAUUUUGGUACAAACCAGGUGACAAUAUACAGGUAACUUGCUCACCGGGGUAUGUAACGCCCUUAGAACCCGUAAGGAAGCCGACUUGUCGAGAAAAUGGAAUAUGGAGUGCACCUCCACCACCUUGUAGGUCAUAUAAAGAUGUUUAAAGAGAAAAACGAUGAAAUUUUAUCAAUGACAGCAGUCGUUCAAUGUAUUACGUUGUAAAACGCGAACAAACACGGAAUUGCAAACCGUACAAAGGUAUGUACAGGAUGUAUAAAAAUGGUUUGUCACGACCAUUACAGCGUGAUUCUACACAUUUGGAUCAGUGAAGAUCUGUUAAUAAAAGUAACCACAAAAUUGUCCUUGAGAAUGAUUUACAAGAUCAAAUUUUUUUUAUGGCAUCGUAUCUUAGACGUAAUGAUGAGGAAAUAUCGGAAAGGAACUAUAGGUAGCAAAUGAACCAUUCUGUUUUAACUUAUUGCGCAUAGACGCAUCGGAUGGUCGAUCGUUCGAUACUUUUCCGGUAUCGUUUAAUUUAUUCCAAAGCGGAAUAAGCAAAGGGGAGUCUAAUCCGGCAAAAUGUACAAAAGGGAAGUAUGAAGUCUCUCCGUUCGGCCACGAUGGCCGAGACAGUUAAUUUUCAUACAUCCUGUACAUUAAUACUUAAUUAUUCAAUUAUGCUAUGUUUCAAAUAAUUCCGUUAAAAAUAUAUACGACCUAGAGCACAAACUAGCACGUGUUUGAUCGCAAAAUAACAUAUCAACGAAGCUACAUGAUCGAAUUUUCUAUGCAUUCGAAACGAUUAAUCGCCUAACCAAUCGUUUUCUUGCAAUGUCAUUUUAUGGCAGUUUUCAUUGUAUCAUUAUAUGAAAACUUCAUAUGUCAAAAGUUCGACAGCACAUAAACUUAGAUUUCAACUCGAGGUUAGGCAUAUUGCAUUAACCUAGCUAAUAUAUAACAUCAGAAAUUUUUUACUAACAAAACAUUAUAAUACAAGUCGCAAAACUAAGUAAACGAGAGGAACAACGAUUGUCAUUUAGAAAGAAGUCGAAUGAGCUUAGAAUAAGGAGUGAAUAGGUACAACAGAUACAACGGGGUAAGAAACGAAGAAAAUAGUUAUAGGG